UAUUCAAGAUGGCGAACUCAAACGAAGGGAACCAAGCAGAGUCCGAAGCUUCUCGCUCAACUGUCGCUUCAACGGAGAAUAAUUCAACUGAUCAACAACCACAACAGCAACAGGAAUCUCCAUGGAARGGAAUUCUAUUUCGGAUWUUUAUUUUUUGGUUUAUAUCGAAUUUGUUUCGAGGAAGGCAACAGCCGAGUUCACAGCAAGGUCCCUCGUUUAAGCCAGCCACUAACCUGUUUAAACCUCGGGAUUAUAUGGACCUCUAUGUUUAUGUGUCUGAAGAUGAUUUCAUGAAACCAGCAGAYUUCGAUGACCCCAGUUUGUUAGUCUGGACUCAAAAAGGUCUUCAAUUUGGAAACUGGUCAACUGGUGAAAAUGGUGAUGGUAGCUUUACCUUCAGUACAAAAUUGACAGCAUCUGAGCAAUUAAUGAACAAUGGAUCAUUAUAUGCACAUGUGUUUAUCACAAGACARCAUAAGUCACCCAAUCCGAAAUCUCCGCACUAUAAAAGACUAGAAGUUGUAAAUAGAACCAAGCAAUUGACUGCUUUCAAGAAAAGAAGAAUUAGUAAAACUGUGAAUCUAUUGUCCGGCAAGAUUGAUCCUGAGGCAAUAAAGGCUGCUGAAAUCAAAUCACAAGAAAUCAUAAAUUACUGGCAUCCGAAUCUUACAAUCAACGUGAUGGAUGACCAAACUCCAUGGACCCCUGGUGCAGUUCCACCACCUAUGGAUGAAUUUAUAAUUUUUGACAACAUCACCAAUUCCUACUUCCCCUUGCUGUACUUGAACAGCUACUGGAACCUACAAAGUGACUACAUGCCUAUUAAUGAGACAACUCCAGAGCUUGACUUGCAUCUAACUUACUCUCCAAUAUCAUUGUUCAAAUGGCAAAUGUAUGAGUCGCAGAGGGUACGUCARAAGUGGUUCUCAGUGCUUGGUGAUGACAUGCAACAAACUGAUGAGGAACAAGACACUCUCAAGAGGACCAUGGUUGAAACAAACCCCUACCUGCUGGGAAUAACUAUAGUUGUCUCUUUGAUUCAUACUGUAUUUGAAUUCCUUGCUUUUAAAAAUGAUAUUCAGUUUUGGAGAAGCCGUAAGACUCUUGAGGGUCUGUCAGUUAGAUCAGUGUUCUUCAACGUUUUCCAGUCAGUUGUGGUACUCUUGUAUGUCUUUGACAAUGACACCAACACCAUGGUCAUCAUAAGCUGUUUUAUUGGACUCUUGAUUGAAAUAUGGAAGAUAAACAAAGUUGUUGAUGUCAAGUUUGAAAGAGAAAACCGUGUGCUGGGAAUCCUUCCACGUAUAAAGUUUACAGACAAGGAGAGUUAUAUACAGUCAUCAACAAGGAUAUACGAUGAGAUGGCUUUCAAGUAUUUAUCUUGGUUAUUGUUUCCUCUGCUGUUAUGUUAUGCUGUAUAUUCRUUGUUAUACCUGGAGCACAAGGGCUGGUAUUCAUGGGUUCUGAGYAUGCUCUAUGGCUUCCUCCUUACAUUUGGAUUUAUCACCAUGACACCUCAGUUAUUCAUCAAUUAUAAACUCAAGUCAGUAGCACAUUUGCCAUGGCGCAUGAUGACUUACAAAGCUCUAAACACCUUCAUYGACGACUUGUUUGCUUUUGUGAUUAAAAUGCCAAUGAUGUACAGAAUUGGGUGCUUUAGAGAUGAUAUUGUGUUCUUUAUCUUCCUCUAUCAACGCUGGAUAUAUAAAAUUGAUCCCAAGAGAGUGAAUGAAUUUGGUGUUUCUGGUGAAGACCUUGCCAAUGGUGGUCCUGUAGAAGAGACCAAGCAAGAUGGUGAAAAAGCAAACACCAGUGAAACGCCACCAUCAGACAAAAAGAAUGAUUAAUGAUAAAUAUUAUUGAUUAAAUAGUCUCCUUCAUGGUUCCCUGAGCCAUCUUGAAAGGUAGCCGUGCCUUUGAAUCGAAGCGAGACAACUGUUGAGGGUGCAAUGAUGGAAACCUUCUUUCACACCUACAGACAAUUAUUCACAGGUAUCUAUCAUUAGGGAGGCACAGCCACCUUUCAAGAUGAUGCAGGUAUCCAAAAAGGAGACUAUUCUUGGGAAAAUGUUUAAAAGUAAAGCUUUCUGCUGKCCUGCCUGUGCAAUACAGAAUAAUAGAGUGGUUCCACCAUAAAGAAUGUGAAAAAUGUAUGCUGAACUACCUAGCAUGCCACAAAUUGCUCGAAAUCCAUUAUUUUGCAUUUAUGUUGGACCAUUAAGGGUUUGGCAACCAACAUAAUAAAAGCAAAUUAUGAUUCAUAAAAAAAUUAAGCAGUAGGUGGUAUUAGGAGAAAAGGUUUAAAUUGUGCUUAGGACUAGUUUUAUGGGAUCAGGGAUCAAAGCUUGAAAAUGGGAUCACAAAGUAGACUGUUUGAGGACUAGAGAGAUCAAACAUGUUUAGGAUGCUAAUAAUCUGCAAUAAUCUUCAUAAAUACGAGCCAUAUUGUUCAUCACAUUUUAUGCAGAGUGUCUAUUUGUUUUAKUUCUUUAUUUAUUCUUAUUAUACAGACUGUUCUUAAAUAAUUGACAAUUUAUCAUAAAAUAUUCAAGACUAAUUUUACAAUCUGUUGUGAUUGGCUAUCAAAGACAUGAAUGUCUUGCCCUCUGCUCUUAAAAGACAAUUGUUUUAAUAAAGUGUAAUAAAACAACCA